GGAGCGGGUCUGCCCUUGGGGGAAGCCUCACGGGCUCUGUGUCCUGCAGCCGGGCCGACAUUCCCAUUCCGGCGGAAGGAAGAGGGGUUCGGUGCCCCCCGCAUGCACGUGUGCUAGCCCAGGCAGGAGGGAGCGCCUCCGCAGAGGAAUCCAGAAAGAGGGCGGGAGAAGCGCGCCAGAAUCUCAGUCCGGUCCCGGCGCCCAGGUCGGCCUCGGAGGAGCUGCAGCCUCCAACAGGUUGGCACAUCUCCCCAGCCAGGCCUGCCAGGAGCGCUGCAUGCAAAGUUGGCUGCGGGCUAGGGCACGCUAACCAGAGUCGUAGACAUGGACUUCGUCAUGAAACAGGCCCUCGGAGGGGCCACCAAGGACAUGGGGAAAAUGCUGGGGGGAGAGGAGGAGAAGGACCCAGAUGCGCAGAAGAAGGAGGAGGAGCGGCAGGAGGCACUGCGGCAGCAGGAGGAGGAGCGCAAGGCCAAGCACGCGCGCAUGGAGGCCGAGCGCGAGAAGGUCCGGCAGCAGAUCCGCGACAAGUACGGGCUGAAGAAGAAGGAAGAGAAGGAGGCCGAGGAGAAGGCAGCCCUGGAGCAGCCCUGCGAGGGGAGCCUGACGCGGCCCAAGAAGGCCAUCCCUGCGGGCUGCGGGGAGGAGGAGGAAGAGGAAGAGGAGAGCAUCCUGGACACGGUGCUCAAGUACCUGCCGGGGCCGCUGCAGGACAUGUUCAAGAAGUAACCGGCCCUCCCACCCGUCCCCAUGCCACUCGUUACUUUUUUAGUUCUUUCUUUCUCUCUCUCUCUCUCUCUCUCUCUCUCUCUCUUUCUCUCUCUCUCUUUUAUUCAGUUAAGUCUCAGUUCUGAUGGAAAAACCUCAGUUGGCCUCUGCCCCCCGUCCCUGGCCAGGGGCUCAUCUGCUCAGCCUCCCUCACACUCCCUUUGUCCCAGAGUAUCCAGCCCCCACCUCGCUCCCAAGUUGCUUGCAAAAAGAGAAGACAGCUUUUCCCCCACACGUGGGGGGCAUUGUAUCCAGUGCAGGAGGCCCUGGGGCCCCUUCCAGAGCCUGAGGUCUGUGCUAGUGUGGUAACCCCUAUACAUUCCUUCAUGCGCCCCACUGCCAGGAGGACCACUGUCCUGAGCCAGCCAAAGUAAUGACACAUUCCAGCCCUGCCCAGCAUGCUGACCUUUGGCCUCUGAUCCCCAGUGGACCUCCAGGUCAGGGCAGGGGUGCUGGGUGGCCUGGCUCUGAGGCAGGGAGUCAGGGUAGGCCUGCCCUGUGAGGGCCCAGCCUGAGAGACCCCCUCUAUUCUGGGAAGGAGGCUGAGGCCCUCCUCCUUCCCUCCCCAGUGACACACAGCCCAGGAGCACCCCCAACCCCUACCCAAAAGGGGGUAGUCCUGCCAAGCCAGUCCCUCCGAAUGGAUCCUCUUUGGACUUUAACUUAUCUCUGGAGGGGCCCGAAGUAGGGCUGCCCCUUGUUCCCCCCACCUUCCACUAAGGUCCUGGGGCCCCACUGCCAGUCUGGGCCCAGCUUGCCCAGCCAAGGGGCUGUCCAGGCCCCCCAGAAAACACUUGGAGCCAUUGGGCAGCAAUGGCCCAUGCCAUGGGACCCCCCCAUUGGUGCAGCCAAGCUGCCCCCAUUCCUCUCCACCCCUCUUCCUCACCUUGUCCUGUCCAUGUGCUUCCAGGACCCCAUGGUCCUCUGGAGGACCCUUCCUGGCUAAAGCCCCAAGCCUUUGGGGAGAAGCCAGUCCCCACUUGACAGAAGAAGGCAUCUGUCCAUUCAUCUCAUCGGCCAAGAACAAACUCUCCUCUGGGAUGUGUGAGACUGGUGUUUGUCUCCCACCCCAAAUCGAGGCCUCUUGCUCAGUUACUUGAGUAAGACCUGGAUGGCCACGGAGCAAUGACAGGGGAAGUGUAUGUCCGUGUAGGCGUGGGCGUGCAUGGCAGAGACCGUGCCAGCAGUUAUGGGUGCAGAGACGGUACAUACAGGUGUACGGUCUCAAGCUUGUGUGUGUCUUGAGAUUUGUGAGUGUGUUAGCCAUCGUGUCCCUGUGUUAGAGACUGUGCUUGCUGGGCAGUCUGUGCAUGUGUGUGUGUGUGUUUGAGGUGGUAUGUAUGCGUUGAGAUCGCACCACAUGUGUGUGCUAGCCAUCUCAUACAUGUGGGAGAGCUUGCUCAUGCUUGCUGUUUUUUACAUGGGUCUUCAGAACAGCAUGUGUGUCGGGAGUGAUGGGUAUGUGUUAGAGGUUGUGGAAAGGUGUGUUUGAGAGUUGUUGGACAUGCCACAGCUGUUGUGUGCAUCGGUGUGGCUCUGAAAAGGCAGCAUUGUGUACCGCGUGGUCUUGGGGAGCAGGAGUAUGGGUGAGGUGCCCCUCUCAGCUCCAAAACCGCUUGUCACAAGUAGCCACAUCCAACAGGAGACCUUGUCCUUGGCCUAGAGUUCCUCCCACCCUUGGAGGGCUUCUGCCUGAGGUUUUCAGAAGUCUGCGGGGACAAACUCAGGCAGAGCCCCAAGAAGCCAUGCUGGGCCCCAGCCAGGGCCUACCCCCAAAGCAGGGGCCAGGGAAGGGGCGACUUGCCUGCCCCUGAUGCCCUGCCCCAUUGGCCCCAGUUUGCAUUCUGCAGGUUUUCCAUUUUAGUGGACUUAUGCUUUUAUUUCAGAGAGAGACAUGUGUCUUCUCUGUCCGUUUCCAAUAGUUAAAGCCAUAUCAGUUAGACUGCAAUACUUUAAAAACGAGACAAAACAAUCCAUAUGUUUAGGGAACCAGAAAAGUCCCUUGGUCUGUCCCUUCUCUGGGGAGCAGGGCUUCGGCAGCCCCAGCUCCCUGGACUUGCCCUUCUCCCCCACCCCCGCCCCUUCCCCUGUGCCCCUGUGUCCUGCCCCCCAUGGGGCCGAUGUCUGUCUGUGCCUGCGUCUGUGAUGGGGAGCCACCUUGCACCCCUUUUGUCUGCUUGUCUGUUCACGUCCGUUUUCCUGGGCAGAAUGGUCAUUCUCGAGAGCCUGGGGUCCUGGAGCAGAGAUAGGCAGGGCCCAGCCCAGGAGCCCCGGGCCUCCCCAGGCCCUGUGUGUGAGCCCCACUGGACAAGGUGGAUCCCCAGUGUUCAGCCCCCUUGACAGGGGCCCAAAGCCUUUGAAGGUGGGGCCAAGGCACAGAGCAUGGAAGAUGAACAGCAGAGACUGAGGCCUAGGCAGCUUCAGAUAAGCAGGGGAACCCAGCCAUACCAGAUAUCCCAGGUGGGUCUGAGGGCCCCUGAACCCUCAGAGGGUGUCCCUUGUGCUCCCUGAAGCCUCCUGUGUCCUCGGGGCUUUUCCCAUAUGAAAGUGCCCCCCAGGAUGGCUGGCUUAGUCUGGUGUACUUCCCAGAUUCUCCAGACCCCUACAGCCUGCUCCAAGCAGCAGGACUGGAGGGCUUCCUGGAGGCAAGAGCAGGGGGAGAAUUUCAGCCUGGGGCAUACCUGGCUCUAACCACUGCCAGAUGAUCACUCUCCGGUCCAGGGGAACAUGAGGACUAUCAUUCCUGACACAGACCUGCCUCUGGAGAGCAGCUGAUGUGCAGCACACUCACAGCGGGGACAAACAUGGGGGUGGGACUCUAGCAGGGUGGGGAUAAUCAUAUGAUGUGCCAGGGGCAGGAGGUGUGUGUGGCCUGCUAGAUGGGAGGGGGAUGAGUUUGUCACACGCGAAUAGGACAGUGUGCCUGUGACAUACUACGGAGGCAGGGGUAGGGAGGGAGAGGCCCCAGAAUCAGCACCACACGCAACGUAUAUGGGAGACAUCCCUCAGCCAGGGAAAUAGGAAGAGCAGUCAUCGUCAAUGGUGAGAACAGGGUGAAAUGCAAGGGAGUGUGCACUGCCCAAGGUGGGUACACGUCUUGCCAAAGAAGGCAAGACGUGUGUGCCUGGAAGGUCACUACCAGAGAGAAGGGACCGGGCCUCUCUGGAUAUGCCGCACUGGGCACUUGAGACAGGCGAGGGUGCCUGCACGUGGACGUCCUCCACUCCAGGUCCGGGAGCACCUGGAGGGUGUCCUUACCAGCAAAGCUGCGUGUGGUCUCCUCCAGAAGCAAACAGGAAGUCAAGAGACCCUCCCAGGAUGUGUGGGUGUGUGUGUAGCUAGAAAGGAAAGAAGGAAGGGAGUGAGGAAAGGGAGAGAGAGAGAGGAAGGAGAGGGGAAAGAGAGGCAGAGAGCAGAAGUAUUUCAGCGCAAGGCCAUCAUGGGGCAAAGAAGCCACGCCAAAGGCUGGUGGCUAGAGUGAAAGGAGACAGACCACCAGCCCUAAGAGCCCCUAAGGGCUGCUGACCCCCACCACCCACCUGCUCCAUCCUUCCAGGGUCCCACAGGCCCUUGACUGCACAGGGGGUCUGGGGCCAACUGGCUCAGAUGAGGGGACAUCUCCCAGGCCUGAGGACAAACCUCCCGCCAUGUGUCCCCUGCCCCCUCUCUGUAAGUCUUCUUGGAGGAGAGGUGGGAGGAGCCUGUGCUGGCCCUGGGGUGUGGGCGGGGGUCCCAGUGAGGCCCCGGGUGAGGAUGACCACCCUGCUCACGCGGGGGUGUCCUUUUUCCACAUCUGUGCUGUGUCCUUGUUGCUCUGCUUCCUUUAAAUGUGUCAGUGCCUGGGGGAGGGGAGGGGCACCCCUCAUGCCCCCCUGAACCUGACCAAAAGCCAUGGCUGUUGCUCCCCCUUUGUAUGACGCAGACGCUAACAUGUACCAACCCAACCGUGACA